CAUUUUUUUGUUUUUAUCAAUUUCAGUAUUUGGCACGCAAAAGAUUUUUAUUGUUGCCCUAAAAAAUGAAGUAACUAAGUGUAAUAUUAUAAAAUACAUAUAACAUUUCGAUGGCUAAAACACAACUUUUCAUCAUCAUAAGCUAAAAAACUGAUUCGUGUUAAAUUUACUUUACGUCGGAAUUGCGGAAUAUCAUCACCUCCGUUAAUCAUAAUCUCAAACCACGUACGUCUGUGUCAUUCCGUGAAAACUUUGUUCAUCAAGAAUGUAUGCUUACAAAUUGAAAAGUGUUCAUCAUACCGUUAUUAAUAUCGCGUAAUACUUCAUUAUGCAGUUAUAUGAUUACUUCACCAUUUUUAAUUCAUUGUAGUGAAAUGGCGAAAGCUCUUCUAGAAAAAAAGCUAUACAUAGCGAAGGAGUCUCCGGAACCAGUUUUUGACAUAUCAGAUUGUUCACUCAAAACUGUCCCCAAAGGUAUCUUUGCUGUGAUUAAAGUAUACAGAAAAGAAUUUUUAUAUUUACAGAAAAAUGAACUUUCUUCAUUAAAGGAAGGUGGAAACUUAUGUGAUCUUUCGCUUUUGAGAGUGUUAGACCUCAGCCAGAAUAGAGUAUCCAAAUUACCAUGUGAUAUAAAAUAUCUUACAAAUUUAAAGAUUUUAAAACUUGAUCAAAACGAGCUGAAUUCAUUGCCUUCUGAAAUUGGAGCUUUAUCAAACCUUGAGCAACUUUCACUGUCUUCAAAUAAAUUGAAAAUUCUGCCAGAUAGUAUCAGCAACCUUAAAAAACUUCAACUUUUGGAUGUCAGAAAAAAUCCUAAUUUGAAAACUUUACCUCCCAUGGAUGGAAAUAAGUGCUUGACAAAGUUGCUGUUAGAUAUAGAAAAUAAUUGGAAGUAUCCUCCCAAAACAGUCAUUGAAAAUGGCGUCGAUGCAAUAUUAUCGUUUUUUCGAAAAGAUGUGGAAAAUGAAGAUGUUGAUUCUAUUAAUGAGCCAAUUCAAAAGGAAAUUAAAGUUGAUGAUAUUCUAUCACAGCUGAGCUUCCAUGACAAAUAUAUUCAGGAUAAUUUAAGAAGAAUGGAAAAAGAAAAGGAGGAAAAAGUAAUGCAAACAAUUAUUGCUGAAAAAACUUUGUUUGAACAGAAAGAACAAGAACUUUUGCUUCAUAAGCAAAAUCAAAAUAGAAAAGAAGAAUUCUUGAAAAAUGUCAUGACUGAACAGCAUAAAAUUGAUGAAAAAGUUCGAAAAUUUCAAGUGCAGAAAGAAAUGGACCAAAAUCAAUUUAUUGUUCAACUUUUACAAGUUGAGAAUACUGCCAAUGAAGUGAUAAACCAGUUAUUAGAAAUGAAUGCCUCUUUUUCUGAAAAAUGUGUUCAAACCUUGGCUUCUUCGUUAUUGAAUGAACCUCCUAUGAAGGAACCACUUCGCUGCCAGCAAAUUUUAGAAUCAAUGGAAAAAUUACUCAUUCAAGAAUCGUUAAUUGAUAAGAAAGUUCAAGAGUACAAUCUCGCGAAAAACUGUUUGAUAGAAGAUUCCAGUCUUGGGAGGAAAGAAAUGAAUGAUAAGAUAGAAAAUUUGUUAUCCACGCGUAAAAACGAUCAAGAACGUCUGUUGAAUGAUAUUAAAGAAGAUGUCGAUUUGCAGUAUGCUGCUGUGUUAACGCUUAUUGAGAAAGUGGACGAUCGAAAUGUGGAGCUGAGAAAUGAGAUUUCCCUGGUUGAAAAUCAACUGUCCAAUUUAACCGUUAUGGAGCUUAAAAACAAGGAAUUACAUUUGAAUAAACAUAUUGAUGAACUGUCCGAAAAACGAUUAGUCUUGAGCGAAAUAUUAAUGAAUUUAUUUGCUCAGCAACAAGCUUACCGAGAAAAAUUAAUUGAACAAAUGAAAGAAGCUGAGAAAGAACGAGCGUUUAAAAACGAUAACACGUACUGGUUGAUGCAAUAUCAAAGAUUAUUGAAUUACAUUCCUAAUAAUGUAUCUCGAAUGUAUUCUGUUCAUCCGGAUCUGGUGUAUGAACUUACUUUGUUUGGCGUAUCUCAUUGUAUUCCCUUUUUGUCAAUGUUCGAUACAAAAUUCGGAUCAGACUGUUCUCAAAUUAAUGAUCAAUCCUUGGAAAAGGUUGGAAUACAUUCAACGGAAGACAGAGAAAGCAUUUUGAAAGCUAUCAGUCGUUUUACCGAACAGCUUCGCUCAAACGUUGCCCCUACCGCUCCUUUGAGAGUAGAUGAAGAAAAGUCAUUGCCGCCAUCUUAUUCAAAUAUUUCUAACAAUGCUGCUUCUUCACCCAGCGCACCUCCUAUUUAUGAAACCGUCAAUCCUACGGAUGUGGGAUCGCAGCGUUCGGUUUUAACAAAUGAAUGCAUCAUUUGCAUGGAAAAUCAGUCUAAUACAAUUUUGCUGAAUUGUGGUCAUAUAUGCUGCUGUGAAAAUUGUUCUGCUCAAGUGAAUAUUUGCCCAUUAUGUCGCUGUGAUAUUGAACGCAAAUUACGCAUAUUUACUUCUUAAUUUAUCAUAUUCAACAAAAUAUUAUAAUAUUUGCCAUAAGUACCUUUUACUUUUUUUCGUUACUUCGUUUAGAUUCGCAUGCUCAAUUUUCAAUUUUCAAUUUACAUAUUAAAUUUUUAUAAAAACGUUUUAUUCAGAAAUUUGUUAUCGUUAUGCUAUUAACAUGAUGACGAAUAAAAAAUCCUGAAAACAAAA